AUGACUAUAUCGUUGAGCAACAUAAAGAAAAGAGACCAUGCCAAAAUUUCUGGUGGAAUUUCUAGUGAAACAUCGCUUGUAAAAAGGAAACAAUUGGAAAGCGCCACCGAAGAAGAAGAGGAAGAAUAUACAGACCAUGAAAUCAUUAUAGAGCCGUUGCAUUUUGCCAAUAAUAAUAACACUGUGCUCACGGAUUCAGAAAAUUACCUAAGAUGGCAAAAUACCAUCUCCAACGUUGUUAAAUCAGUUGUUUCCAUUCAUUUUUCGCAAGUUGCGCCAUUCGAUUGCGAUUCUGCUUUAGUGUCUGAAGCUACCGGAUUUGUCGUUGAUGCUAAAUUAGGUAUAAUUUUGACCAAUAGACACGUUGUUGGUCCUGGUCCCUUCGUGGGUUACGUAGUUUUCGACAAUCAUGAGGAGUGUGAUGUUAUACCAAUUUAUAGAGAUCCUGUCCAUGAUUUCGGUUUUCUGAAAUUCGAUCCAAAAAAGAUAAAAUAUUCUAAGAUCGAAGCCUUAACACUAAAACCAAGUUUGGCUAAGGUCGGCUCAGAAAUUAGAGUUGUUGGUAAUGAUGCUGGUGAGAAGCUAAGUAUCCUAGCAGGUUUUAUUAGUAGAAUUGACAGGAACGCCCCAGAAUAUGGUGAGUUAACAUACAACGAUUUCAAUACUGAAUACAUUCAAGCUGCUGCUUCUGCCUCUGGUGGUUCAAGUGGAUCUCCAGUGGUAAAUAUAGAUGGGUAUGCGGUGGCUUUACAGGCAGGUGGCUCCACGGAGGCAUCUACUGAUUUUUUUUUACCGUUAGAUAGAAUUCUGAGAGCCUUGAUUUGUAUCCAAACCAACAAGCCUAUCACACGUGGUACGAUUCAAGUUCAAUGGCUAUUGAAGCCAUAUGACGAGUGUAGGAGAUUAGGUUUAACUUCAGAAAGAGAAAGCGAAGCUCGUGCUAAAUUUCCGGAAAAUAUUGGACUGUUGGUAGCAGAAACUGUUUUGAGAGAAGGUCCAGGUUAUGAUAAAAUCAAGGAAGGUGACACUUUAAUCUCGAUAAGCGAUGAGACUAUAUCUUCCUUCAUGCAAGUGGAUAAAAUUCAAGAUGAAAAUGUUGGGAAGGAAAUCCAAUUAGUUAUUCAAAGGGGCGGUGUCGAACAUACCAUCAUUUGUAAAGUCGGAGACUUGCAUGCUAUCACCCCUCAUCGUUAUGUAGAGGUUUGUGGUGCGACUUUCCAUGAAUUAUCAUAUCAAAUGGCAAGAUUUUAUGCGUUGCCUGUCAAGGGUGUAUUUUUAAGUAGUGCAUCGGGGUCCUUCAACUUUGAUUCAAAAGAAAGAGUGGGUUGGAUCGUAGAUUCCAUAGACAAUAAAGAAACCCCUGACUUAGAUACAUUCAUUGAGAUUAUGAAAACUAUUCCAGAUCGUAAGCGCGUUACUGUACGAUACCACCAUCUCACAGAUCAACAUUCUCCCCUUGUUACUUCUAUUUACAUUGACCGUCACUGGUGCAAUGAAUUCAGAGUUUACACAAGAAAUGAUACAACCGGUGUUUGGGAUUACAGAAAUGUUGCUGAUCCGCUUCCAGCCGACGCAUUAAAACCUCGUUCGGCUAAAAUUAUUCCUAUUCCCGUUAGCAAUGAAAAAGUUGCCAAGUUGUCAUCAUCACUAUGCACAGUAGCUACAAUGGCUGCAGUUCCAUUGGAUUCACUUUCUGCUGAUAUUUUGAAAACAUCUGGUCUGAUCAUUGAUGCGGAAAAAGGUUAUGUCCUAGUAUCUAGAAGGGUAGUUCCACAUGAUUGUCUUGAUACUUUUGUUACCAUUGCAGAUUCUCUUGUAGUUCCAGCCACAGUAGAAUUUCUCCAUCCAACCCACAACUUCGCUAUUGUUAAAUAUGAUCCAAAAUUGGUAAAGGCCCCAUUAAUUACUCCCAAACUGUCUACCACAAGAAUGAAACGUGGUGAUAAGCUUCAGUUCAUAGGUUUUACCCAGAAUGAUAGGAUUGUCACUUCAGAGACAACUGUUUCCGAUAUUUCCUCUGUAAGUAUUCCAAGUAAUCUAAUUCCGAGGUAUCGUGCCACUAAUUUAGAGGCUAUUUCUAUUGACUGUAAUGUUAGUACCAGAUGUAAUUCCGGUAUUUUGACAGAUAGUGACGGUACAGUAAGAGGUUUAUGGCUUCCAUUUUUGGGCGAAAGAUUGGAAAAUAAAGAAAAGGUUUAUUUGAUGGGCCUAGAUAUAAUGGACUGUAAGGAAGUUAUAGAUAUCUUGAAAAAUGGUGGUAAACCAAGAGUAAGUAUAGUUGAUGCUGGAUUUGGUUCAAUUUCCGUUCUACAAGCCAGAAUUAGAGGAGUACCAGAAGAAUGGAUUAUGCGUAUGGAACAUGAAUCAAACAAUAGGCUACAAUUUAUCACUGUUUCUAGAGUUUCUUAUACGGAAGACAACAUUCAUUUAGAGACCGGUGAUGUCAUUUUAUCUGUGGAUGGAAAAUUAGUCACUGAAAUGAAUGAUUUGAAUGGAGUUGUAAGCUCAGCUGAUGGCAUUUUACCACCAGCCAUACUCAAUUUUAAAGUUGUUCGUGAUGGUAAUAUCGUUGAUUUGAAGAUUAAAACCUUAGAAGUUCAGGAAACCGAUCAUUUUGUAAUAUUUGCAGGUGGUAUCUUACAAAAGCCGCAUCACGCCGUUUUACAAGCUAUGGUUGAUGUUCCAAAAGGUGUCUACUGUACCUUCAGAGGAGAAUCGUCACCGGCGCUUCAAUAUGGUAUAUCUGCUACAAACUUCAUUACCCAUGUCAACGAAAUUGAAACACCUAAUCUAGAUGCAUUCCUGAAGGUUGUCAAAACAAUCCCUGAUAACAGUUAUUGUAAAAUGAGGUUAAUGACUUUUGACAACGUUCCUUUUGCUAUUUCGCUGAAAACAAAUUAUCAUUACUUCCCAACUGCGGAAUUAAAGAGAAACAACAUCACACAUAAAUGGAUUGAAAAGGAAUUUACCGGUAACAACCAAAGUGAAAAAUAG